GAGAUGUGGGUUAUAUAUUUAGACCCUCACGUGUUUGUUGCUUAGGAAACGAACAUGCAAAGCUUUGACUAUGUAUUAUAUCCUCCCUCCUACAUAUUGUGCAUCUCUCCUUCCGCGUACAUCGAGAAUUUCAUGUGAUAAUGACCGACAUAAUGGAAAUCCAAUCAUCUGUUGAUAAAUGGCUCCAGACUUAUGUUAAUGAACCACCCGACACUCAACCACUUACACCCUCAACUUCAUCAGUUCGAGGGAAACGGACGAGAGACAUGUCCGAACCUCGAAUCGCUGAAAAGCGUCGGCGGACUGCCCCAGAUGAUGAUGACUUAUUUCCUGAUCAAAGCGCUUCACGCAAUGAAAGACUGGACCUGUCUGAAAAGACAAGACUUUCGCAUCCAUCACAAUCCGUUACAUUAAGCCCUAUACGAUGCCUGCUAAGGGAUCUACGUUUAUCGAAGCCUUCUAUACUCUGCGAGAUUCCAUCGGCAGUAACGUUGCCUGAGCGCGUUUUGGCUUUACAGCAAAGUCUUGUCGAUCAAUUAGAGGACGGCCUUAUACCAGUUGGUCUAAAGGUAACAGUAUCUUGUCAGCCUAAGUGAUCCGGAAAAAUUGCCAACAGAUAAUCUUUUACAGCAUCAAAUCCUCGCAACGUAUCCUUCUAUAGUAGCUAGUAUCCCGAACUCUGCAUAUGAUAUCUUAGAUACGCGAUCGGGUCCAGAACUCGAUAUACUAUGGAGUGGUGUGGAGAAGAUCUUGAAGGAAAGCAGAAAGUGUGGAAUAAACCAUCAGGAUGAGAAUGCGUGGUGCACAAAAGUGAUUCAUCCAGUGCUGUGUCUAGCACUAAAGGGAAACUCCAUGAUGGAAGUUGAAAACGUGUAGGCUUUUAUCUAACGAGCUUCAUUGUUAAUAUCUAUCAAUGCUGAUCAUAAUUUCUUUGCAGGCAAACCCAAACGAUCAAUCCUGACUUGGCGCCGAUUACACCUAUGAAAUACCGAGUUCAAAAGAAAACGGACUAUACAUUUUCUUUCCACCCUAAUACACCGGAAAUGUCCCAGCUAUACGAGAACCUUAUCCUAGCCGGUUUGCAGAACAGGAUCAGCCAGACAACGGACGUAAAUACGGGGUCACUAGCUCUCUUUUCCGGCAUCGAGGUGAAGCCAGAGAAUGGUGGCAAAGACGAAGCACUCCUACAAUUGGCAAUUUGGCUAGCCGCAGGACUACAGAAUACAAGAAUACUGGGCGAGACAGGGCAAAAUCGGCCAUACUUGUGCGAUGAGCUCCAUCCAAUGGUUGGAUGGACAGUCAUUGGGCAUGAUUGGCAUAUGUAUAUUGCUUAUAUGGAUAAUCAGAAUGGCCGAGAUACAUUUGUAAGUUAUCUGAAUAGACCUUACAUCGUCACCCGGCUAAUGAACGGGGAAUAGAAAGUUGUAGGACCAUGGAGAGUUGCUGCCGCCGAUACGAGAGAUGUGUAUGGCAUUUUUAAACUGUUACGACUAUUGGGAAAAGCAGCUGAAUUCGGCUCGAAAGUUUAUUGGCCUUGGCUGAAGGAAGAAAUAUUGAUGCCUUGUAUCAAUUAAAGAAAUUUAAACUUGUAAGAGUUCUGAUCAUUACUCAUCGUACCCCCUCUAAAUUUCACCUACACUUUUGAAAAUUUAAUAUUAAAUCAAUACCACAAUAUUUUUUAUUGAAAAUCUGAUAAUAUAUUAAUGAAUAAUAGCUAAUUCUUUUA